CUUAUGCGCAAGAUGAAAGAUAUAAGAGGUAUAAAUUCAGCAGCAGUUCGAAAUGCAAUCUCUAGAGAAUUCAAGAUCCAAUUAUCGUCAAGCAACAGGCAAAUAAGCGCAAGUGACGUAUUAGAGUGA